ACCGGGUUGAGAGACCACCUUACCGGAUUUUAGCCAAAUUCCGGUGACCGAACAACGGAGAUAUUCGUAUGAAGUAAAAUGGCUACCGUCGUCGUCGCCGACAGUUUGGCAGAUUUAUUACGUAUUGGAGAUGAGAAACUUAAACUGUUACUAGGAUAUGAAAGCGAAUCAGGUUUUACUUUGCUAGCAUGUGCUUCGUUGACAACACCAACUGAUACAUUAAAACAUCUAUUACCAGGAGGUAUAGCAAUAGUUGGUAUUGCAAUUCCUGAAUCUGAAAAGCCUGCUAAUUAUGCAAAAAUUAAGCAAUGUUUAUCUAAUGAUUCAAAGCAGAAAGUUUUCCUUUACAUUAGUAAAGGAUUAAUAGAGUCAGCUGAGUUAGUAACAGAAGAUAAUACAAAGACUACUGCAGAGUUCAAUAUUACGCAUGUUGAUUUGUUAUCAAGAUUUGUGAUUGGCCGUUGUAAAUGUGAUGUACCAAUAUCAUUUACCAUAGAAAAGAAAGAUACAUGGAAAAAUGGUGUAACAUCAGAGAUAGAUAGAGUUGUUGAUAGUAUCAUGUCAGAUUGUACAGUAUAUCAUCUCCAGUCAUCACAAGCACUGAUUAACCUGUCUAAUUGUCAACAAUUACCAGAUAAUGCUACAUAUACACAUCUGGCUGGUCUAAUUGAAGAUGAGGAUCAACAAAGAGUUACAAGAAGUAAGAGUAAGCACAAGCAGGAGAUAUUGAUGUUUGACAUGUACACAAAUCUGAACAGUGCAGGUUACACUGAUACAAUACCAACAUGUUCUCCAGUGAUAAACUAUAAUACAGAGGCUGUAAAGACAGUAAAGUUAGUGUUACAUUUAGAUGUUGUAUCGUUAUUUGAAAGGGAGAUCCUGGUAUCAGACAUGGUAGUUAUUAUGAGUGAAGCUAUAAAAAAUCAACUGAUGGCCAUGAAACAGUGUAUCUUUGAUAACACCAAGGGAAAUAAGUUUAUACUGCCAGAAGUUUACCAUUUCCAGCCAUUUGAUCUUCCAACUUUAUUUAAUGUGAUAUACCCAUGGAAUAUCUUGGAUGAACAAUUAGAGAACCACCGAAGAUCUAUCCAUCAGUGUCUGUGUUUACCAAUAGACAGGCCACUGUUUAGAAGAGCAAAUAAAUACAGAUUUUCUGAUGAAAGACAAGAUGGUAGUUAUUUGAGAAAUGUUCAUCUGAAUUGUCUGAAAUCUAAAGUGAGUGAAGGUAAACAAUAUACAGUCAAUGGUAACUACACCUAUCAUCAUUAUAUGCAAGAUAGAUUUGAUGAUAAUAAAUGGGGGUGUGCCUACAGAUCAUUACAGACACUUGUAUCCUGGUUUAAACUUCAAGGCUAUACAGAAAAAAAUAUACCUACUCAUAGAGAAAUACAACAGACUUUAGUUGACAUUGGUGAUAAAGAGCCAAACUUUGUUGGCUCAAGGCAGUGGAUUGGAUCUAUGGAAGUCAGCUUUGUUCUAGAUACACUUUUAGAGGUACAAUCAAAGAUUUUAAAUGUAAGUUCUGGUGGUGAUCUGGCUGGUAAAGGGAGAGAAUUAGCUCAACAUUUCCUGACACAGGGCACACCUAUAAUGAUAGGAGGUGGAGUACUUGCACACACUAUCCUAGGAAUAGAUUAUAAUGAAGUGACAGGAGAUAUUAACUUCCUUAUUCUAGAUCCUCAUUAUACAGGAGCAGAGGAUUUAAAGACAAUCAUUGACAAGGGUUGGUGUGGAUGGAAAGAUGGUAAUUUCUGGGACAAGAAUGCACAUUAUAACUUGUGUAUGCCACAGAGACCUAUAGUUAUAUAGAGGAGAAAGUUGACUGAUCAAGAACUAUUAACAUUAUAAAAUAGUGCAAUGAUAUGGUAGUUGGGUUAUUCAUUAAAAUUAUUUUUUA